GUCCCUGGAGGCUCCCACGGCUUGGCCCUUCUUGGGAGAAAACCAUCCGUCGGAAUCUAGACCUUUCUGGUUUGUGCUCCAGCCCCCGGAACCCUGCUGGCAGAGGACGCUCCUGGGAUUGGAGUCACCCAGGCCCGCUGUGUGUCUCCGCUAUGGAAAUCCUGCAGAAACAGUGGCUGGAAAUAAUAAGCGCCUACCUAUUGGUGCUCACUUUCCUCUUCAUGGGCCCCUUCUUCUCCCUUCUCAUCCUCUUCCUCCUCUUCACGCCACUCUGGUCUUUCUCUGUUCUCUAUUUGGUGUGGCUCUUCCUGGACUGGGACACUCCUAACCAAGGUGGAAGGAGCUUCAGAUUCACAAGGCACUGGACUAUUUGGAAACAGCUAAGGGAUUACUAUCCGGUCAAGCUGGUGAAAACAGCAGAGCUGCCCUCUGACCGGAACUAUGUGCUGGGAUCUCACCCGCAUGGGAUCAUGUGCGUAGGAACCCUUUGCAAUCUCCUCACCGAGGCCAACGAUGUCUCCAAGUACUUCCCCGGAAUUAGGAUCUCGUCAGCAGGGCUGAAUUCCCUCUUCUACUUCCCAAUCUACCGAGACUAUAUCAUGUCCUACGGAGUAUGUUCUGUGAACCGCAGGAGCCUGGACUUUUCCCUGUCUCAGCCCCAGCAUGGGAAGGCCAUGGUCAUCAUGGUUGGGGGGGCUCAUGAAGCCCUGUACGCAAUCCCAGGGCAGCACCACGUCAUUCUGCGGAAUCGCAAAGGCUUCGUGCGCCUGGCACUGAGGCACGGCGCCUCCCUGGUACCCGUGUAUUCCUUUGGAGAGAACGACAUCUUCCAUUUGAAGGUUUUCUCCCCCAACACCUGGCAAUACCUGUGCCAGGUUGCCUUCAAGAGGGUCACAGGCUACUCUCCUUGCAUCUUCUGGGGUCGCGGACUAUUCUCGGCCAACUCCUGGGGCCUGGUGCCCUUUGCCCGGCCCAUCACCACUGUGGUGGGCCGCCCCAUUCCGGUGCCCCAGAGCCUCCACCCCAGCGAGGAAGAGGUGGACCACUAUCACGCGCUCUACAUGCAGGCUCUGGAGAAACUAUUUGAGGAGCACAAGGAAAGCUGUGGUGUCCCUGCCUCAACUCACCUCACCAUUAUGUAGCCGUGGCCUUGCCACCUGCUCCAGCCUGGAGCCGCCCGGGCCCCAGGACCCUGGGACCUCCACUUAUGGCUGACUGGACCACUCCAAUAAAAGCUCCUUCUCUCCCA